AUGCGUCUUUUGCACACCAGCGCCGGCGCUAUGCGGAAAAUCUCGCAGAGAUUCCAAGGAACUAAAGUGUUUCAUGGAAAAGGAACCCCAACAAUUGGAAUUAGACGAGAAACUGUGAAUGCCUGGGAACGACGUGCACCUCUUGCACCAACUCAUGUCAAACGACUCACCAAAUCAGGAGUCAAUGUACUCAUCCAACCGAGUAACCGACGUGCCUAUCCAAUCCAGGACUACAUCUCAGCCGGUGCAAUCGUCCGAGAGGAUCUCAGCGAGGCUCACAUUAUCAUGUCAGUCAAAAGUGUCCCAAUCGAUCAGUUGAUUCCAAAUAAGACGUACGCAUUCUUCUCACACACUAUCAAAGCUCAACAGGAUAAUAUGGAAAUGUUGGAUACGAUUUUGCAAAGAAACAUUCGACUUUUGGACUACGAGAAGAUUGUGGAUGACAAGGGGAAGCGUCUUGUGAUGUUUGGAAAAUGGGCAGGAAACGCUGGAUUCAUCGAUAUCCUCCACGGAAUCGGACUUCGCCUUCUUGCUCUUGGUCACAACACCCCAUUCCUCCAUAUGGGACUUGCUCAUAACUACAAUGAUUCUCAUAUGGCUAUCAAUGCUUUGAGAGACAUCGGUUACGAGAUUGCACUGGAUAGAAUGCCAAGAUCCCUAGGACCUCUGAUAUUUGUGUUCACUGGAUCUGGAAAUGUCAGUCAAGGAGCUCGAGAGCUAUUUGAGCAUUUGCCACAUGAGUAUGUGGAUGUGGCCACACUUCCGAAGGUUGCACAGAAAGGACAACUCAACAAGGUCUAUGGAUGCGUUGUAACCCGAAAAGAUCACUUUGUGCCUAAGCAUGGAGGACCAUUCAACAAGCAGGAGUUCGAACAGUUCCCAGAUCGAUACACUUCUAAGUUUGCGACUGAGAUCGCUCCCUACGCAUCGGUGAUCAUCAAUGGAGUCUACUGGGAUGCUCAAUCUCCACGACUCAUCACAAUUCCGGAUGCUAAGAACUUGCUGACACCAGUUCAGAGGUACGACACUCCAGGAUGCCCUACACUUCCACAUCGUCUCGUCGCUCUUUGUGACAUCUCUGCCGAUCCAGGAGGCUCUGUGGAGUUCAUGAGAGAAUGUACCACCAUUGACAAGCCAUUCGCUAUCUAUGACGCCGACUUCAACACAUCUUCUGAUAGUUUCGAUGCUGCUUCUGGUUGUCUUGUAUGCUCUAUUGACAACAUGCCAGCUCAAAUGCCAAUUGAGGCUACUGAACAGUUUGGAAACUUGUUGUACCCAUGGCUAUGGGAUCUGUUGAACACUUCGAAUGAUCAACACUUUGACCGUCUGCAGUGCAGAACUGAAAUCAAGAACGCCAUCAUUACGGACCAAGGAAAGCUGACCCCGAACUUUGAAUACAUUGCUCAACUCAGAAAGGAUAAAGCAUCCGCCGCUUCUGCCAACUCUCGUGUGAUGGGUGGGACCACUGAUAAGCGUGUUCUUCUCCUUGGAGCUGGAAUGGUUUCCGGACCAUUUGCCGAUUUCUACUCAAAGCAAAAAGAUGUCAACCUCACAGUUGCCACUGAAUCCCAAAGAGAUGGACAACGUCUGUGCCAGUCACCAAACAUCCAAUCAGUUGUUGUGGAUGUUGCUAGAGAGAGUCACACCAUGGAACGCCUCAUUCGCGAACAUGACCUUGUUGUCUCUCUUCUCCCAUUCAAUUUCCACCCGUUGAUUGCCAAGAUGUGCAUCUCGAAUCAAAGAGAUAUGGUCACUUCCAGCUAUGUUUCACCCGAACUUGAGACUCUUGAUAAGGCUGCCAAGGAUGCUGACGUCACCAUUAUGAACGAGGCUGGUCUCGACCCAGGAAUAGAUCAUAUGCUUGCCAUGGAAUGCUUCGAUGAUAUCAGAGAGCAUGGAGGACGUAUCACCUCUUUUGAAUCAUUUUGUGGAGGUCUUCCGGCUCCAGAAUGGUCCGAUAACGCACUCCGAUACAAGUUCUCAUGGUCACCAAAGGGUGUUUUGACGGCUUUGAUGAAUCCAGCAAAGUAUUUGAAGAAUGGAAAGAUUGUUGAAGUUCCAUCGGGAUCUGUUGUUGACAAUUUGAUCGAUAUUGACUUCAUGCCAGGACUCAAUUUGAUUGGAUUCCCGAACAGAGAUUCUACGAAAUAUUCGGAUAUCUAUGGGCUCGGAAAUGAUUGUAAAACUCUUAUCCGCGGAACUUUGAGAUACCAUGGAUUUGUGGAGACUGUUAAGGCACUCCAUUCUGUUGGACUUCUCUCGGGAGAAAACACUGACUCUUUCACCUCCAAUAUUGGUCCAGAUUUGACAUGGAAGGAGUUGGUUGCCUCUUUGAGCAACCAGAAACUUGACAUCUUCCCUGAUUCACUGAGACAUAUCAUUGAGGAAAAAGUCGGAGAGAAGGGACUAUCUGCCCUUGAGAACCUUGGAUUGUUCUCCGAUAAAGUUGUGGAUCGUCACGGAACUCCAAUCGAUACCUUGGCUCAGUACUUGGCUAAGAUCUUGGCUUUCAAGGAUCACGAAUCGGAUUUGGUUGUUUUGAAUCAUGACAUUGGAGCACAAUUGCCAGGUGGAAACUCGGAACGUCAUCGCAUCAGUUUGGUACAAUAUGGAAAUCCAAAUGGGUUUUCUGCUAUGGCCCGCACUGUUGGUUACACCACCGCCAUUGUGUCCCAUAUGGUCCUGAAUAACGAAAUUCAACGAGCCGGAAUCCAACGUCCAAUUUUGAAGGAAGUCUACCGUCCAGCUUUGAAGCGUCUCCGCGACUUUGGAAUCAUCCCAACCCAUACAAUUACUCCAAUGUAG